ACGGAACCUCGCGAGGUACAUUCUUGUUGACUUGGGAUGUAUCACGGAGCUCUUUGCUUCUCAUAAACCUCGGGCCGAAAACGGAAUUGCAGCGCCAGAAAUGGAGUGCAAUGGGCAGACAGCGAUGCUUAAGCACAGCGCUCGGCAGUCAAGCAGUUGGCUGGCGGAUCCGAAGACCGCGGUAUCCCUUCGUAUUACACGACUGCGGUGACUUCUGCAAUACAUAUGGAACAAUAUCUGGAGUCACAAGCUUUCGGUGCGAGCAGAAUGCAAGACAGAAGGGGAGAGUCAAACUCGCGACCACGCCCAGUCCAUGCCUCAUUCGUAGCACGCGGAGCAAACAAACAAAUCAAGAGGAUGGUCAAAACUUCAGAUUGCAGAAGCUACGAAAGAUGCCUACAAUUAGGAGACACAGCUUAGAAGAGCACUCAGGCCUAACAGAGCUGCAGAAGCAAACGGCGUCUCACGAUAGCACCGCUUCGGCACUUGAAAUUGAAUCGGAUGAUUUACGCACAACGGUUGAAGUCGACGAGCUCCGAUCCGACAAAUGGCGCGAGGAGGUCCCGGACGUCAGAGAAGAGGCGCGUUUUUCAAUGGAGUCUGAAGACCAAGCAUUGAUUAUGCUAAUUGAUUUGUUCGCUGCAUGUCGCGACCUUGCUCUCGCUUUAGAUCAAAUCAGUGAUGAACUACCCUCUCUUGAUGACCUCCGGAAACGAUUAGACGCACAAGGACUGGCGGUGUUACUUGCUGACAAGGAUCUAGAAAGGCCAUUUCAUGAUAUCCGGCUCUCUGUCAUACGGUUUUUCGAGGAUGUUAUUCGCAGCCUGGGCCUUGGAGGCAUACCAGACAAUGUGCUACUGGAAGAUUAUAUUGCUCAGCACCCGUUUGUUAAGUGGAUAGCAGACAACGGAUAUUUGGUGAAAUCAGAGACGAUUCACGCGAUAUUUGAGUACAUCUACAGAUGGCUGGAGCAUGUUUUAUCAGAUGAGAACUAUGCCUACUUCACGCAAACGUUGGGAGAAAUUCGAAGUACGACAAAGAUCAACAGCAGCCCUCAUAUUCCGGGAACGUCUUUUUUUGAGGAACUUGAAACUGCUCCAGGCUUGGCGUCCAAUCAGCUUGUUCACAAUGAGCAAGUCAUGCGUAUCAUCAAUACAAUACUCCAGUUUUUUUCAGAGGGAUUUCGAUGGUUGGCCACGAAGAGUGGAUGGCAGCAUGGCCUUGAACUUGAGAAGUGGCUGGGGCUGGCAGGAAUCAGAACGCCAAGAACACCCGCCGCGUCGAGCCACGCCAAUGAUUCGCCAGCAUGUGCUACUGCUGCCUUUGGUUCAGCUGGCGCUAGCGACGGGGUGAAUUCUUACGAUGGCGCACUUGAGUCACUUUUUACACACCUUUCUAAGGAGCUCGAGACACUGUUUGCUUCUGCCGCGGAAUUGUUGGCAAGCCUUGGCUGUCCAGUGGAGACUUGGUCGACGAACCUACCAAGAGUUGCGGAUCAAUUACGAACACUUGCAACGUUAGAAAAUUCAGCAGAGGUUAAGGCUUCAAGAGCUCGUUCUAAAGGGUUGCGAAUUCGAAACACCCCGCGAGGAGAUCUAGCAGGAGAGGGCAAUAAACUUGUUGAGGUAUCGAAGCUGGCUGAUCAAAGUAGCAAGGACAACAACAUCGUGAAUAUGUUUUGGGCUAGAGUUCGAGUACCAGUGCAGAUGCCAGUUAAUGAAAGAAACGACUUGUCUAAAACCGAAGGGACGGAUUCGAUCACACCUAGCGGAGAACCGACGGAGCAGAGUUUUGGAUUGACAUCGCCGUCAGAUGGAUUGUUAGAAGACGCAUGCGGCUUUGCAGACUUACCGAUUUUAGCCAAUUCCACGAAUUUUGCAACAACAGGUAAUGCGUUCACGCCAACUUUGCCGAAGCAAGCUGCUGUUGCAACCGCUGCAGUACAAGAGACUCUAUCCGACUCUGACGAGGAUGAAGUUGUGUACAAACCUUUGACGUACCAAAUUCCCGAAGACAAGAUGGCUGAGGCGCUGAAAUCUCCGCUUUCGUCGAACGUAGCCUACUGGUCGUACGACAAGUAUCGUUCGCCCGAGGGCUCUUCGGUCAUGCUUCACUACUGCAAGAAGCUGGAAACCUCGGAGACAGUUGCGAGACUGUUUAUUGGAAAACCAGUCAUUGGAUGCGAUAUUGAAUGGAAAUCAUCUGCAAAGGACUCCCACGGCUUAAAGUCGAACGUCUCUCUUAUACAGAUAGCCUGCGAAGAUCGGAUCGCGCUGUUUCACAUCGCAUUGCAUAAGGGUGACAGAGCAGAGGAUGUUCUUGCCCCAACAUUGAAAGAAAUUCUCGAAUCAACGGACGUGCUCAAAUGUGGUGUAUCUAUAUUGGGGGAUUUUAAGCGUCUGCAGAAGCACUUGGGUAUUGAAGUCAGCGGGACCUUUGAGUUGAGCCACUUGUACAAACUAGUCCACUUUGGCAACACCAACCCUAAAUUGGUCAACAAGAGGUUUGUUAGCUUGGCUAUACAAACGCAGACACUGCUCGGUCUCCCCUUGUACAAAGGCGAUGAGAGAGUUAGUGACUGGAGUCAAGCUCUCAACAUGAAGCAGUGCAAAUAUGCUGCUGACGAUGCCUACGCAAGCUACCGAGUUUAUGAGGCCCUGAGAGAAAAGUGGUUCAAGAUGGAUCCAAGACCGCCAUUCCCAGCUUGGGCAGAGUUGGGCAUGCCCAUACAGCUUGCUCCGCAGGUAUCCAGAGAAGCUAGCGAAAUUGAAGAUCACUCAAUGGCCGCUGCUGAUCCACUAGACGAAGAUGUCGGUUCAGUGAAAAGUGAAUUGGAAGAUUUCGAUAUUGGUGAUUCAGCAAGCGUCGACACUUAUGGAGAAAACGUGUUUGAUUCUCUCACAGAAGAACAACUGAGGAAGCUAGACAAUUCGAGCACCCUGGACCACGCAAACGGCUCUCCCAAAAGACGCUUUUCUCCUUCACGAGCUUUCGACGCUUUAAGUCAAAAUACCGUGCAGUAUCCAGCCUUGCCCAUAGACCACGAGGAUCCGGAGAGAGCCAUGGUCUGCCAAGCGGAUGUUAAAAAGCAACCUCAGCCUUCUGUCCUCUGCAAAGACACUGCCCAACAGUCUAAUGUCCAACAUGAUGUGCUACUGGAUGUCAGCACUGAAGCAGAGGGAGACGUUCGAUCCAUCAAGGAAAGUAAAGACCUUGCGAUUCAAGCGACCGUUUGGGCCCAGGAGACACAACUAGUCAGAUCAACGGAGACAUCUCAAAAGCCUAAAAAUACUCUUACCGUGGCAGCGCUGCGGGCAUACUUUCUCUGGGAGAAGGAGAAACUAGACUGUAAAAAAAUUGGCACUCUGCUUCGCGAUCCGCCGCUAAAGACAGCUACGGUCGCUGCAUAUGUCGCUGAGUGUCUCCAAUUCGGUGAUCUCGAAUGGACCGACCCAUCUAGGUUCAAGGCGUUGGUUAAAGAGCUUCCGCAUCAAGCACGGGGCAGAUAUUGGCGGAUUAGACAGAUCGCUGCUGAGAUUCCAGAUUUGUAAGCCAAGAAAUAGGACUCGCAUAGAGGCAUGUGUGUUGGAAUGUUCUUCUUUUCAAAUCUUGUUUUAUUGCUGCAUGAUGAGUACAUUAAGAGUUAGAUACCCUCGAAGCAUUUGCAGCCAGUUGGACUUGCUCAUGUAUGCUGGUAUUUAUCACAGUUGCCUGAAUCUAAACUCUCAUAGUUCUAA